CAUCUCUGACUCGAGGACACUACAUCCAAUAUUGUUUAAUGCAAUUUAUCCCUUUAGGGCUAUUGAAUCUGCCCAGAUACACAUGAGUUACGUUAUCAGAAAUAGGAAAUUACGAGGAGAACAGGAAGGCAGCAGGACAGGCUGUCAGGGGGACAGAGUUCGCAUUAUUUUUACACUUUGUGGACAUAAUAUUUUGCGAUGGAUCCACAGCCUCCCCAAAAGCCAUGGGAAAGGCUGAUUCCAGGGGCAAUGAGUGCACCUAUAAAUUACAGAUCUUCAAACUUUGGACUGGCUCCAGGCCCCUCGGCUCCUGUAGGCCAUCCUGUCCUGACCAGGAUGGUGCCCCCAGUGCCCCCUCGUUCCGUCCAACAGGCUUACCGUCCGUCCUACAGCUCUUUUAACUCCUCCUCUUACAGCCCCUAUGGGAGCUCCAUGCAUGGGGGCUACAGCCCUUACAGGUAUGGUGGUGGCGCCGGCUAUGGUGGUGCCGGCUAUGGUGGUGGCGCCGGCUAUGGCUUGGGAGGGUACAGCCGCCUCUCUCACACGGAAGAGGUUGCCCCCAGCCGGUUUGUGCAACAGGCCGAGGAGAGCAGUCGCGGUGCCUUCCAGUCCAUCGAGAGCAUCGUCCAGGCCUUUGCCUCAGUCAGCAUGAUGCUGGACGCCACCUUUUCAGCCGUGUACAACAGUUUCCGUGCUGUGCUGGACGUAGCCAACCACUUAACACGGCUGCGUUCACACCUCACCAGAGUUUUGUCAGCCUUCGCUCUGGUACGCACCUUACGCUACCUUUACCGACGGUUACAGAGGCUGCUGGGUCGAAGAUCAAACGCUGAGGUUGACGACUUGUGGGCCGACAGUGCAAGUGAUGCUCUGGUUACAAGUGCAUCCAGAAGGGAUGGAGCCGGGAUCGAGGGUGAGCCUGUGAAGUCCUGGCCAAUCCUUCUGUUUUUCGCUGUAGUUUUGGGGGGACCCUACCUUAUCUGGAAACUGCUGAGCUCCGGCCCUGCCACUGAAGAAAACGCUACUAACUGGGCCAGCGGGGAGGAUGACCAUGUAGUGGCCAGAGCAGAGUAUGACUUUGCAGCUGCAUCUGAGGAGGAGAUUUCUGUGCGGGCCGGAGACAUGCUCAAUCUUGCCCCAAAAGAGCAACAGCCCAGGGUGCGUGGUUGGCUGCUGGCCAGUGUGGACUGCCACACCACAGGACUUGUCCCAGCCAACUAUGUCAAGGUCCUGGGCAAGAGGAGAGGCCUUAAGCAUGCAGAAAUGGAGCGUCUUGCUCAGGUCCAGCAAGGGAACACACUGGUCUCCCAGACAACCCUUGCUGCACACUCGCAGCCAAAUCCUACCCAAGGCUGUACCCAAGGCUGUACCCCAGGCCUUGGUUCAGCCUCCAUCUCAGUUUCCCCAGAAGCACUGCUAGAGUCAGUGUACAGAGAAACUCCAGCUUCCUUCAGUGUGGAAACCUCCAACUCCAGCACGGUGCUAAACAUCCCUGAGAAGACUGACCUGUGAUGUUUGUGCAUGUAUGCAUUUCUCUGUAUGCAAGUAUAUGUGUGUUCAUAACAUUGGCUGGCUCACUCAGUAUUUGUUUGAAGUGUUUCACUCUGAAGCUUGACUAACAAUCAGCUGGCAGUAGAUAUUUGGGGGAACACCAAUCAUCUAUAAUGAAUCAAAUCAUUGAACAUAAUCUGGACCUUCUGAUAAGCUUAACGGUCAAAAAUGGUUCCCUGUUGUACCGUUCUGUUUAGAACCAGUGUGUCUUGAACUAGGUCAUGCUUACAUUUCUUUAUUCAGAGCUUUUACAAGAAAGAAAGUUUUGUGUAUUCUUUAAAUAUGGUACACUGCUGUUCUUAAGAUAAUGUCUGAUUUAAUAUGUAAUAUCUUGAGGUUUUACAAUAACAAGAAUCACUUCAAUGUUUAAGUUAAUGACGUGCACUGAUCAUCAUCUGUAUACUGAAGUUGUUAGGACAAAGCCAGGGUCUUUUGUUGCAUAACAUAAUUGUUAUUUGGUGUUUACCCUCAAGCUGCUUGGUCCUCUGCAUUGUCUUCUUUGUGAAGCGAUUGUGAUUGGAUUCAUUGUCACAGAAAGUAAUUUUGUAAAUAUUUGAUAUAAUUAUUUUGAAAAUAAAUAUUUAAUAAAA